AUGGGCAAGGUGUUUGGGUUCCUGAGGGAAAACUAUCAGUCAAUCCUGGCUGAGUCUCAGCAGUGCCCAGGAGAACCAGCUGAGAAGGAAGAUAACAACAUGAAGAGGAAAAGAGAACAUCUCAGUACCUGGGACCACCCUCAUGGCCCAGUUGGUUUGCACAACAUUGGACAGACCUGUUGCCUUAACUCCUUGAUUCAGGUAUUUAUAAUGAAUGUGGACUUCACAAAGAUAUUGAAGAGAAUAACAGUGCCAAAGGGUGCUGAAGAGCAAAGGAGAAGUGUCCCCUUCCAGCUGCUUCUGCUGCUGGAGAAGAUGCAGGACAGCCGGCAAAAAGCAGUACGCCCCAUGGAGCUUGCCUACUGCCUCCAGAAGUACAACGUGCCAUUGUUUGUCCAGCAUGAUGCUGCUCAGCUCUACCUCACAGUCUGGAACCUGAUUAAGGACCAAAUCACUGAUGUGGACUUGGUUGAGAGGCUGCAGGCCCUGUUCACAAUCCGGAUGAAGGAGGUCCUGCUUUGCCUGGGCUGCACCAGAGAGAGCAGCAGAAACAGCACCAUGCUAACACUGCCUCUUUCUCUUUUUGAUAUGGACUCAAAGCCCCUGAAGACACUGGAGGAUUCCCUGCGCUGUUUCUUUCAGCCUAGGGAGGUAGUCAACAAAAACAAGUGGUUCUGUGAGAAAUGUGGAAAGAAGACACAUAUGAAACAGGUCUUGAAGCUGACCCAUUUACCCCAAACUUUGACCAUCCACCUCAUGCGGUUCUCCAUCAGAAAUUCACAGACGGAAAAGAUCUGCCACUCGUUGUAUUUCCCCCAAAGCUUGGAUUUCAAUCAGGUUCUUCCCACUGAGCGAGACCUCAGUGAUGCUGAGGAGCAGUCUGAAGGACAGUAUGAACUCUUUGCUGUGAUUGCCCAUGUGGGGAUGGCUGACUUCGGUCAUUAUUGUGCUUAUGUCCGGAACUCUGUGGAUGGAAAAUGGUUCUGCUUCAAUGACUCUCAUGUUUGUUGGGUGUCCUGGGAAGACAUCCAGUGUACCUAUGGAAAUCAUAACUACCGUUGGCGGGAAACUGCAUAUCUUCUGGUUUACAUGAAGAUUGGAUCCUAAUGGAUAUAUGCAAAACCUUUAGAAACUGAUGGACUAUCCUUUUCCUUUCCUGUUCCUGGAUCUGCUGAAUCUUUUAAGAGAUUUUUGCAAUAAGAAGCAGCAUAAUUUAAAAACCAUAUAAUUCAAUCUUAUUUAUAAUCAUUGGUGGUUAUUGCUAUGGUUUGGGUGUGGUCUGUCUCAUAAAUGUUCAUGUGCUGGAAGCUUGUUUGGUCCCUAGCAUGGCAGUGUUGAGGUGGUAGAAACUUUUAAGAGGUGGGGACUGAUGGGAGGUAGUUAGGUCCAUGGGUCUCCCCCUUCUGUGCACUAAUGAUUCCCGUUCUCUACCAUGUUCUGAUACAGCCAGGAGGUCCUGCCAGGAUGCUGACACCAUGCUAGUUGGACUCUUUAGCCACCAGAAUUAUGAGCCAAAUAAACUUCUUUAAAGAGCUAGGCCCCAUCUCCAAAAGUUUCCAGAACCUCUGAAAAUAGCAUUACCAGCUGGAGACAAAGCACUCAACAUGUGAGCCUAUGGAGGACAUUUCAUAUUCAAACCAUAACAGUAGUAUACUAGCCACAAUAAUGAAUAAAGUU